GGUACAUAUAUAUUUCAAUAAUGUUCUAUCAUCAAAGUAUUCUGCAAAGAAGAGGAGGUAAAUUUGGAACAGUUUGGCUUGCUGCUACAAAGAUUGAUCAGCUGAAAAGAAGAGAUUUUAGUGCAGUAGAUAUAAAAAGAACAUGUGAUGAUAUUCUUGAUUAUAUACUGGUGAGAAUAAUGCCAAAGAAACAAGGAUCAGGGCAUCCAAGGUUUUCUCUAUAUCUAUCAUCACAGCUAAUGUAUGGAGUUAUCAGGGUGUUUAAAAGACAGAAUGAAUACCUACUAGAUGAUGUGACUAAUUUCUUCUGUAAGAUGAGAAUUGCUGUGGCCAAUCUGGAGGAGAUUGAUCUGAAAGCCAUGAAUAGACAAGAACAGUUGGCAUGUGAUUUAGAUGAUUUAUGUGCAGAUAAUCCUUGGUUUGGUGUCCUGCAGAUGGAUGCAGCAGACUUAUUGAAAUCACCACAAAUUCCAGACAUGGAAAUGUGGAGAAUAGAAUCUAGCUUGGCAAUUCCCAGAUCUCCAUUGAUGAGUCCACCAUUAAGGCUAGCUCAUCCAUCCACACCACAAAUAUCUAUCACUGAACCAAUGUUAAAACCAGGUAGAUAUAAAUUAUAG